ACCACCACCACAAACAAAUAUCUCUCAUCUGAUUCAGCAACCUUCCCUUCGUUUUAGUCCCAUUUACUCUUUCUUUGUACUUUUGCUGCAUCAAACAGAAAUCCAUUGUUACUGCACCACGACAUUUCUUAUGACAUCAGCUUAGAGAAUAAAAUUUGUUUAGGUUUUAUCCGACUGGUCAAUUUCCCCAACACCAACUUUGACACGACAAAAAGGACGAGACCUGUACGAAACUUGAAUUCCUAGGAAGGAGCCCAGGUGGGACCAGUAGUGUGGCAGCAGUGGGACUUCAAAGUCGAAAUUGGUGGGCGAGGGCGUAAAGAAAGUAAGGAGCCUCAGCCAGGCCCUUCAUCUGGUCAUCGUCAUCACAUUUCUCCUCCCCCGACAAGACGAAGUCACAAUAACUCGCAUCCAACCAGAAAUUCCACUACACAUGACGACACUGUUGUUGUUGCUGCCGCUGCCACCCUCAAAUUUCCCACAAAGAAACCAAAGUUGAGCGAGCAUUGUGCAGAAGAAGACGACAAGGCUGUCGUCCAAGUUCCUGCAGCAAACCUGUCUAACGACGAGGACGACGACGUCGACAUGGAUUCUUCUGAAGAAUAUGAAGAUAGCGGAAAUGAGUCGAGUGGCGAGGAUGUGGAAUUCGCCAUGGAACGAGAUGAUCGGGCUGCAAAUGAACGAAAUCCCGAAGAUGAUUACCCAUUUAGUGUUCUUUCAACCAAGGAUAUAGUGGAGCAUAUGGUCGAUAGCAUUAGAGAAGCAAAUACCGUUCUACAACUUCCACCUACGACUAUGCGCAUUCUGCUAAACCAUUUCGGCUGGGAUAGAGAGAAAUUGCUUGAAGCUUACUAUGACGGAGAUCAAGAGCAAUUAUUUCGGGACGCACGGAUCGUAAAUCCAACUGUUACUCGGGCUCCCGUUAUCAUACCUGCAAGUGGAGUGGAAGAGUGUGAAAUUUGUUAUCUGACAAAGCGAUCGGAAAUGAUGUAUGGGAUGGAGUGUGGACAUCGAUUUUGUAAACAAUGUUGGUCCGAAUAUUUGACAACCAAGAUCAUCGAAGAAGGAAUGGGUCAAACGAUUGCAUGCGCUGCCCAUAACUGCCCCAUCUUGGUUGAUGAUAAAACAGUCACUGAACUGGUCACUGAUCCAAAAGUUAAACUGAAAUAUCAGCAUUUAAUAACCAACAGCUUUGUACAGUGCAAUCGGCUGAUGCGAUGGUGUCCUUCUGCGGAUUGCACGAACGCUAUUCGAGUACAGUGGGUCGAUUGGCGACCAGUCACUUGCGCUUGCGGAUUUACGUUCUGUUUCCAAUGUGGACAUGGGUGGCACGAUCCUGUAAAAUGCCAGUGGCUCAAAAAGUGGCUCAAAAAAUGCGAUGAUGAUUCGGAAACUUCCAAUUGGAUCGCCGCUAAUACAAAAGAGUGCCCGAAAUGUGGAGCCACGAUUGAGAAAGACGGUGGAUGCAAUCAUAUGGUUUGUAAAAAUCAGAACUGCAAAGCAGAUUUCUGUUGGGUUUGUUUGGGGCCGUGGGAUCCGCAUGGAUCAUCUUGGUAUAACUGUAACCGAUUUGACGAACUUGAGGCAAGAUCUGCUCGUGAUGCCCAAGAACGAUCUCGUGCAGCUCUCCAGCGCUACUUGUUUUACUGCAAUCGAUACAUGAAUCAUAUGCAAAGUUUAAAGUUUGAGCACAAACUAUAUGCUUCCGUAAAGGACAAGAUGGAAGAAAUGCAACAGCAUAACAUGUCUUGGAUUGAAGUGCAAUUUCUGAAGAAGGCAGUGGAUAUUUUAUGCCUAUGUCGUCAGACACUUAUGUACACAUACGUAUUUGCCUUCUAUCUUGGAAAGACUAACGACUCUGCAAUAUUUGAAGACAACCAGAAAGAUUUGGAAUCUGCUACCGAAAAACUCUCAGAGUACCUCGAAAGAGAUAUCACUUCCGAAAAUCUCGCAGAUAUCAAACAAAAGGUUCAAGACAAAUAUCGCUACUGCGAAAGUCGUCGACAAGUUCUUUUAGAUCACGUCCACGAAGGAUAUGAGAAGGAUUUAUGGGCCUACAAUACUACCAUCUUAUAACUUAGCCUUUGUCCGUCAAAAUUAAUACCACUUCUCGUUCUCGUAAGCCAUAAACACGACACGAUAUAGACAUGACGUCGUGUCUAUGUUGCUUAUAUAUAUAUAUCCACUCUCAAUUGAAUAACAUUUGCCGAACAGCCUGACGCCCGUUUCUAGAUGAUUUCAACCAUUUAAAAAAAAUCUGUGGUAUGUGUUUGUAUGCCGAAAAUACCUCCACUUAUUCCAAAUUCAAACUUAUUUCAAUUCCUUUGUGAUCAAUAAACGUUAACCUUAAUACAAGCGUGGAUGGGGCUAGGUUCUUUUCUGGGUUUCGAUUUUUGUUGAUAGUAUUUUGGAAUUUUAAAAUUGUUUGAAAAUUAAAGUAAAGAAUUUGGAAACGUCGUAAAAUACGGUUUCUGUAUUAAUGAAUUUAGUGUAUUAUGAUAAUUCGGUUUAUGCAUUGUUUAAAUUGGAAUUUAGCUAGUCAUUACUCUUCAGGUAUGAUUUUAAUUUUCUUUGUAAGAACAUUAUGCAUAUUUUAUUAUUACCACAAACACAAAUCUAUGUAAAAUUUCAAAAAAAGUUCCCUGAUUGUUUUCCUUGAUGUGCGGAUUGUAAUACUUGUUUUUCUUCAGAAUUUAGGCAAUACUAUAUGAUCAUUCAUGCCUCGAUGAAUUUAGGUAUGUGAUAGAUUUUGAUUUCACUUAGAUCUUAGAAAUUGCCCCUCAUAUAUAUUUAAAAAACAGUAAUAUUAACUACUUGAAUAAUUGAUCGUUCCCUCGCGUAACAUGGAACACAAAAACAGUAAUAUGCCUACAAAUUCUAUGCAAGUUUACAGUUAUACAAAUACACUAACAAGAAAGUCACUAUGUGAUACGCGGUUGUAUAUGUAAAAUUAUAAUAUUAUUUAAUUUCUUUGAAAUAUCAUGUUUGCUUAAGAAGAACUAAACAAAACCAACACAAGCUCAUGUUUUGCUCGCUGUUGCUGUGUUUCUGCUAACACUUCUUUUAAUAUAUGCAAACUUAUUGGAUUUUUUGUGCUACUGAUAUAGGUAACAUUUAAAUGCUUCUACAUAGAUUUGUGGGAAACAUGUUGAUCUUCUUGAUUUUGUCUGUUUUAAACAAUCGCAUUAAUUAUAUACUCGUAAUUGUAGUUUUAUAUUUAACUAGAAAUCUGAUUUUUGUUCAUUAUCAAAAUUUGUAUUGUAAUUUUCUAUUUCAGAAUGCAUUAUUAUUUAAUUGUGAUAGUUUUGAAAUAUUUGAGGAAUCAAAAAAUAAAAAUGUGACAGAAAA